UCAAUGGGGACGCACAUGGCCACCGCACUGAGCCGUUGGCCUAUUUAUAUCUUCAUCAUUCACCUACCCAAUCUCCAUUAUCAAGGGAAAAGCUUUCCCCUUGGAUCUCGCUGUUCUCCUUUGGCUUCUCUUUUUGCUGAUCAUCAGCGGAGACACAGGAAUUUUUAGCUGUCAUACUUUGAAGAAGAGAGGAAGAUCAGAAGAGGGUUUUUGGAAAUGGCUUCUGAGACCCUUUCAAGAAUUGGCCUUGCAGGCCUCGCUGUUAUGGGCCAGAACCUUGCCCUCAACAUCGCCGAGAAAGGAUUUCCCAUCUCUGUAUACAACAGAACUACCUCCAAGGUCGACGAGACCGUUGAGAGGGCCAAAAAGGAAGGAAACCUUCCCCUGAGAGGCUUCCAUGACCCCAAAUCCUUUGUUCUCUCCAUCCAGAAACCCAGAGUCAUCAUCAUGCUUGUUAAGGCCGGCGCUCCGGUAGAUCAGACCAUCAAAACCCUUUCUGUUCACCUGGAGAAAGGCGACUGCAUUAUUGAUGGUGGCAAUGAAUGGUAUGAGAACACUGAGAGAAGGGAGAAAGCCAUGAAUGACUUGGGCCUCCUGUAUCUUGGUAUGGGUGUCUCAGGGGGAGAAGAGGGCGCACGCCACGGCCCGUCUCUCAUGCCUGGAGGUUCCUUUGAGGCUUACAAGAACAUUGAGGAUAUCCUCCUAAAGGUUGCCGCUCAGGUCCCUGACAGUGGACCGUGCGUGACCUAUAUUGGCAAAGGUGGAUCCGGCAACUUCGUUAAGAUGGUCCACAAUGGCAUUGAGUAUGGUGACAUGCAGCUGAUUGCCGAGGCAUAUGAUGUUCUAAAAACAGUUGGCAAGCUCUCUAAUGAAGAAUUGCACCAGGUUUUUGCCGAGUGGAACAAAGGGGAGCUUCUAAGUUUCUUGAUUGAGAUCACUGCUGAUAUUUUCAGCAUCAAGGAUGACAAGGGGCAAGGUCAUUUGGUAGAUAAGGUGUUAGAUAAGACUGGAAUGAAGGGCACUGGAAAAUGGACAGUUCAGCAGGCUGCUGAAUUGUCUGUUGCAGCACCCACCAUUGCUUCUUCUUUAGAUUCCAGGUUUUUGAGUGGGUUGAAGGAUGAAAGGGUAAAUGCGGCAAAGAUUUUCAGGGAUGGUGGUCUUGCUGAUGUUUUGUGCGAUCAGGUUGUGGACAAGAAACAGCUGAUCGAUGAUGUGAGACAGGCUCUUUAUGCUUCAAAGAUUUGCAGUUAUGCCCAAGGAAUGAAUCUGAUUCGUGCAAAGAGCAUUGAGAAGGGUUGGGAUCUUAAAUUAGGCGAGCUUGCUAGAAUUUGGAAGGGUGGUUGCAUUAUUCGUGCCAUAUUUUUGGACCGCAUCAAGAAGGCAUAUGACAGGAACCCAGACCUUGCAAGUCUUCUUAUCGAUCCCGAGUUUGCAAAGGAAAUUGUAGACCGGCAGUCUGCUUGGCGCCGUGUUGUCUCUCUUGCAAUCAACUCAGGUAUCAGCACCCCGGGCAUGUGUGCAAGUUUGGCUUAUUUUGAUUCUUACAGGAGGGAAAGCCUACCUGCAAAUCUUGUUCAGGCCCAGCGAGACUAUUUUGGUGCUCAUACAUAUGAGAGGAUCGAUGUUGAAGGUUCAUUUCACACGGAGUGGUUCAAAUUGGCAAAGCUAAAGAUAUGAUUAUCCGACGGUGCCGCUUGUGUGGUUAGGCAUUUCAAUAAUAGCAGGGAAGGAUACCAAUCUUUUCAUUUGGAUUGAGAUUGGAAAUUUCAUUCGGUUGUCUAGGUUAGAGCAUCAUGCUAUGUCCUAUUUUACAAGGUCUUCUUCUGUAUUGGUGCUUUGUAGCUGUAUGUGCGUGAGGCAAACUAUUUUUCUAUUUCCAUGUAACUUAAUGAGCAUAUUUUCCAAUAAAUCUUGCAGGUAUUUGGAGUUA